AGCUAGCUAGCUAGCAGUAGUGGGGUGCAAUGCAAUGAAAGGAAAGAGAGAGAAGAGUAGAGGAAGCAGAGAGGAAAUUGAAAGAGAGAGAAAGACAGUUGCUAAGUUCUGACAUAGCCACCAUUUCAUUCACCACUCUUUGGUCUUGGUCUUGCCUUGCCUCUACAGCCGCCUCAGCCCUCAGCCCUCAGCCUCCUCGUGGUCCUUACUCUACUAUACUAUCAUCAUCUUCUAUUAGUAAUCUUCCCUCCCUUUUUUUCUCUUUCUCCAAGCUUCUCACUUUUCUUAGACACACAACUCUAGCUCAUAGAGAAGCAUACAUAACAUCAUCUCUGUGAAUUACAAGUCUCUGGUGCUGUUUGUUUGUUCCCACUCUUUCUGUCCUUUUUGUCAAUCAAACCUCAAAAUUCUCAGUGCAUUCCUCAGGGUUUUUCUCCACAAUAUAAUUGCCCCCUAAGUACCUCUCUCCCGAUUGAGACCCUUCCGUUUUGGACUUUUUGUCCACGUUGCAUAUCAAUCCAGAAUCGCCCAAUUUUACAUGCCAAGUUUCCUCCUUUCCUCAUCUUUUUCCAUAUACACAACACUUCAAACACAUGGAAAUUUAUUUUUUUCUAUCAAGAUCGUCAGAAUCCACCGAGAUUUCACAGGAUCGAUCCUACUGAAUUAAUACCAUUUACAAACACAUUAGAUAUUCCCAUAAUUUUAUUUUUAUUUUUUAUGGAAAUUUGAGAUACCCCAGCUGUUCUUUUUGUUAAAAUUGUGGGUAGGUAGGAACUCAUGCACAAGGUAAGUUUCCGUGGUUUUGGUCAUUGUAGAUUCUCAGAUACAUUUCUCUGACACGUAGAGCUCGAUCAAAUACAACCCCUCAAAUCUGAAACCCCUACACACUUUUCACUUGUUACCUGCAUGCUCCUCCAAGCCACCACCAACCGCUACCUAUAGUUUCUAGUAUAUAUACACAAAACAACACACCCCACAAACAUCACAGACACACAAAAGUCAAAAGGGUCGCGAUGGAGCAAGGAGUCGAAGAAGGAGGUGGCAUGAACAAGAUACCUCGGGAUUCAAGAGUGAAGGAGAUAAGACAAGGUGAUGCACAAAUUCAGGUUCAGGCUCCUCAGCAACCCCAAAAGUGUCCUCGAUGCGACUCUCUCAACACCAAAUUUUGCUAUUACAACAACUAUAGCCUCUCACAGCCUCGUUACUUUUGCAAAACAUGCAGGAGGUACUGGACUCAAGGUGGAACCUUGAGGAACGUUCCUGUUGGUGGCGGUUGCCGCAAGGGGAAGCGCGCCAAGAGUUCUAACUCAUCUUCUUCGGAGAAUAUGAAUUCUUCUUCCAGAUCACUGCCUCAACAACAACAACAACCGCAAGGGGUGGUGGUUCAAACUCAAGCACCACCCUUAACAACGGUGGUGAAGGCCAAAGACCCUUCUUCCGUUGUGGCUUCAACCUUUUACCAAAGUGGUGGGUACUUGUCUUCUUUGGCUGCUAUGCAUUCACUCAACUCAUCAUCACACCCUUUUGAUCACUCUCUAAAUUUUGCGGGUAGUGACACCUUGCGUUCUUCCAAUUUGGGCCUUCUAUCUGGUUUCAAUGUUCAGCGCCCAAUUGGGCCAAUUCGUCCACCGCACUUGUAUCAUCAAAUGGGGAGUGGUGAAAGGGAGAUGGUGUCUCUGUAUGAACAAGGUUUGGUCAAUCCAUCUUCAUCCAGCAUGGCUAAUACUGAUACUAAUAGCAGUGGUGUUUCUCAGCAUGAUUGGCCUAUGAGUUUCAUCAAUAACAAUAACAAUAAUGCUAGUAAUAGAGCCUCUGAUGCCUCUUUGUGGAGCACCAUCAGCACCACUGUUGGUGGUAACGCUGAGAGGACCAGUCCUAGUGGUGUUGGUGCUGGUUCUUCUUCUUUCGUCAAAAAUCAAUGGCCUAAUCUUCCAGGGUAUGGCCCUCCACCGUGAUUGAUUUCAUUCACCUGUUGCACCCCGAGAGUCCUUCAAGUCAUAGUUCUGAACAAAUUGAUUUGUCUUUUACCUGCUUCAUGAUCUGUUUGAUGUUCUUUAGGUAUAUGAUCUUGUAGCAUAGGUUUAUCAAUAGCGCAGGUGUUAAUUAUUGGUCUUGGUUGAUUGUGCAAACAUUGGACCGUAGAGAAAUUGUGUUGUUGUUAUUGUAGUUGAUGUAAACGGUGGAUCAGUGCCGUAGAUAGUUGAAUAGAGAAUUUCUGGGUUGGGUCAGGUUGUUUCGAAACUUUUUACAUAUAAUUUCAUUUUAUAAUUAUACAGCUAUCAGGUGAAGUUUUGUAUCCUA